AUGUCGCGCUCCUUCUAUGUGGACUCGCUCAUCAUCAAGGACCCGGCGCGGCCGGCGGCGCCUCCGCUGCCCGAGCACCCGCCCCCUCCGCCCCCCGGGCAGGACUUCCUCAUCCCGCUGGGCGUGCCGGCCUCGCCCCUGGUGCUGUCGGUGGCCGGGGGGCCCGCCUGCCCGGCCUCGCGCAAGAGCGGCGCCUUCUGCGUCUGCCCGCUCUGCGUCACCUCGCACCUGCACGCCGCCUCGGCCCGGGCCGGAGCAGCCGCCGCCGCCGCCGCCGCCGCCGCAGGAGGCGCCGCCGCCGCCAUCCCGCUGCUCAAGGGCCACUUCGCUCCCGCGGGGGCCGGCGGCGGCAGCGCAGGGGCAGAGGGCCAGUACUGCCCGCGGAUGAGCCACCACGCGCCCCAGCAGCCAGCCCCGCAGCAGCAGCAGCAGCAGCACGGCUCGGGGGCUUCCGCGGCGGCGGCGGCAGCAGCGCACGCCCUGGGCCACCCACCUGUCUGCACGGCGGCCGCCUACAGCAUGAGCGACCCGCGGCGAUUCCACUGCCUCGGCAUGGGAGGCUCCGAUGGAACCGGCCCGCUGCAGAAUGGCAAGCGGAUGCGCACCGCCUUCACCAGCACGCAGCUGCUGGAGCUGGAGCGCGAGUUCUCCUCCAACAUGUACUUGUCCCGGCUGCGGCGGAUCGAGAUCGCCACAUACCUCAACCUGUCUGAGAAGCAGGUGAAGAUCUGGUUCCAGAACCGGAGGGUGAAGCACAAGAAGGAAGGCAAAGGCACCCAGAGGAACACACAUGGCGGUUGCAAUUGCACCGGCAGCAACCCAGGACGUUUCCCCAGGUCAGAGGACGAGGAAUCGCUCUCGCCGGCCUCGGCUAAUGAAGACAAAGAGAUCUCUCCUUUAUGA